AACAAAGAUGGCGACAUUUGAGAGACAAGACCCUCUCAAUCUUUCAAUGCGGGAGAAGUCACUGAUCAAACGACGUGUUAACAAGGAACAUAACAGUAACUUUAGGGCUGGAUAUGUACAUAUCAAUGAAGAGAAUCUCCAUAAAACUGGAGUCAGAGGCAGGAAGAGAUUUGUUAUCUACAUACUCAUGGUUUUAAUGGCUAUUGUCGUACUUGCUAAUUUUAUUGUAACAGUUAUCGUGUUUGUGUCACUGAAGAUAGAUGGCAAUGGUAUGCGGUACCUUGAGUUUACACCGCCAGGCGUGUUGCUUCGAUUUAUUGGAGAAUCUCAUUUUGACACUGUUGUCCCUCUCGAGGAGAGCCGAGUUGCUGGUUUAUAUAAAGAAGCCUUAGAUAUAUCAGGGAUAAAUGGACAAAAUGUGACACUAUCUUCACAAGGGGAAUCCUCAUCAUCAGUAACUGUAGGGAAUGGUGUUACCACAAUCAAAGUUGAUAACUCCUUUCAAGUAACAGACCCUCAAACAGGAAAGACCAUCUUUAAAGCUGGCAAGGAUGGGGUCACUUAUCCUGAUGAUAUUAAUCAUAUAAGCAUGGAUGAAGUCACAACAGAUAGAGUUGCCAGUCCAAUAGAUCAGGAUCUGAAGAUUCAGGGAGAAAAUGUUAUUCUUCAGGGUAAUGAAGGGAUAUUUGGUGAAGCUCGCUCAAUAUUGUUCAGGGCAAGCUCACCAACAUCAAAUAUCACAUUUGGAAGUUCAACUAGUGGUAAAACAAUUCUUGAUGGAAAAGAGGGUGUGACGUUAACUAAAGUAAAGAGCCUACCAUCUUCGACUAUUGGAUCAACUGGUGCUGCCACCUAUAGACUUUGUGUAUGCUAUCCUAGUGGACAUCUUUAUGGUGUCCCUAAUGGAAGUCGCUGCUCUGACAUCAUUGAAAAUCCAUGUAAAGACUAAGUGGACACUAUGUAUAUCCAACUUAUGCAUUUAGAAGGAGCUUAGAAUAUGUAGAUGUCAGGUGGGGUAUUAAGGGAUGGACCAAUGCAAGGAUCUUAACUUUUUCUGGACAUGAAUUUUGGAAAAAUUGAUUUAGUUUAAAAUAAAAAAAUCUCUGUGUCUGAAAAUUCUCGAACCAUGGUUGAAUAGACAGAAAUAUUAUAAACUUUAAGGACUGGAAAGAACUUAUGGUCCACCCCUAAUAUCAAGAUUUUUGCAUAUUUGGGCUUCUUUCAAAAUAGACAUCAAGCAAUCUCAAUGUGCCAAAAAGAAUAUUAUAUAUUUAAUUGUAUUUUAUAUUGUUUAAUAAUCAUGGGCAAUAUUCAUUUCUUCAAAGAAGGAAUUUUUUUCUAGAACAUAAUUUUUACGAUUUUUACAGUAUCUAUAACCAGAUUGAUUUUUCUUACUUACUUACUAGAUAGUAUUGAUAAUUUGAAUUAUUAUAAUCCAUUAAAGAUCUGAUUCUGACACAUAUAAUAGGCAUACAUGUACUUAGUAUCUAUCAUUGCAUCGAUAAAAUUUGGGGAAUAUUUUUUUAAAUUGAAAUUGUGAAUCUGUUACUUUACGCAAGUCACUAAAUGUUCUUGGUUAAUCUGAAACAAAGGAUCUAUGCUGAUGUGAAAAAGACAACCCACCUCGG